CAUUUUAUUCGAGUGUUUGUGACCAAAUGGAAAUUGGUGCACGUGCUUUUGCACAAUCGUAUUAUGCGGUGUGACGAAAUUGCGAAUCGUCUGAAAGAGCUACUUGGCUUUACAAUAUUGCCUUGGCGUUGGCACGAGAAAAGUAUGCGUGCGAUUGUGGCUAAUGGUUAGAUCAUUGGGUUUUUGUGCUGGUAGAGGUUCAAGCCGACUGCCGGGUGCGUAUUUCUCUUAUUUUCUGUGUGCGAUCUAUUCGGCAAGACCACAGCAGCCGCCACAGUCAUCAAAAUAUUGGAAGGCUCGCUAAGAAAAGUUCGCUUUAAAAGUCGAGCAAGAAAAGUUGAACGACCGGGUCAAGCAGCCUUCACGCAUCGAGCACUCACGCGGGGUGGCGUGGCAGCGGAGUCCCCCGGAUGACGUCAUAUGUGACAGGGUGUCACUCAAAUUUCUCGGGCCGAAUGCCUCGUGUAAAUGGUGUGAGGCCCCCUCCUUUUACGCUCACCCUCCUCUAGCGCCACGCUUUCCCCACGGAAGUGCAUCUCGCUCCUCGGGCGAGCACAAGAUAGACACCACCGCAUUCACGGAGUGGGCCGUGCUACCGAAGAAAGAAGUUUUCCGCUGGUGUUUUCAACUACCUACAUUUUCCUGCUCACUCAGUCAGCAGACGAGUGUCUAUAGACUGCUCUUUAGAUGUUGUCCGGUCUAUGCCUCCUUGCCAAUAGUGCCAAAAUCAGCCGCAGAUCUGAGCCUUGUAAAUAACUUUUCGCUGUAAAUCUCGAGUACUCGCACUAAAGAAUGAAACCACCGAGGUUAAACUCAUUGCGCGGAGUCGCGUCCUCUCGUCUCGUUGAAUGCGUGCUCGGCUUUCUACUAGUCUCCGCAUUCGUGGUCUGCGAGUACCACGCGGCGUCUGCAGCGGGUGCGAGCCGUCCACGCGUGGUCCUUUUCCUGGUGGAUGGCGUGCGCUGGGACUACCUGUCCGAACCGGACCUUCCGGGAUUCGACGAACUCGCCAAGACAGGAGUGAAGGCCGAAUACGUGGUUCCCAUCAUGCCGGCCAACUCGUACCCCAAUUGGUAUAGCAUCGUCACCGGUCUGUAUGCGGAGCGGCACGGCUUCGUGCAAAACUUCAUGUACGACGAGAAGUACGAUGACUACUUUUUGAUGGCGCCCCACCCGAAUGUGUCACACCCGCACUGGUGGAACCACGCGGAGCCCGUCUGGGUCACAGCAGAGAAAAACGGGAUCCGCACCGCCAUGUACUGGUGGGACGGCUGCCAGGUUGAAAUACGAGGUGUCAAGCCUACUAUAUGCUUGCCCUACAAGCUUUACGGGGAGUGGCUUACGGUUGAAAACGACACUAAAUCUGCACUUUCUGAGGCAGUUGAUAAGAUGAAACAGAACACACUCGACUUCGCGCUCGUUUACUACGAAGCCGUCGAUGCGGCAGGACAUGAAUAUGGGCCGGACUCAAUGGAGCGACGAAAAGCACUCAAAAGUGCAGAUUCUCUCAUCAAGCAUUUGCUUGACGAAGCCAAGAGACAAAAUAUGAGCGAUCAGCUUAGCAUCAUCGUGGUGUCCGACCACGGCAUGACCGACACAGGCCUGGACAAGAACGAGAUGAUCGACAUCGAGCCGCAUCUUGACGCCAACGACUUUCAUUCCGUGCUCGACGAUGGGUCGCUCUCAAUGCUUCGGCCCCACCCGGACAAGAUUGAAAAGGUGUACUCCAAGCUGAAAAGCUUGAACAUUAAGGGCCUAAACGUCUUCAAACGAGAGGAACUGCCUGAGUCGUACCAUCUCAAGGAGUCUUACUUGACGCAACCCAUUGUGCUCACAGCAGAUCCGGGUUACCUGUUUAUGAAGAUUCGGCUUCAAGAAAGCGAGAAGCAAAUACCGAGACCCAACAGGACAGUCGGCGGAGGCCAUGGCUACGACCCCAUGAAGCUCGAAGACAUGCGCACCAUCUUUUUGGCCACUGGUCCAGGACUAAAACAGGGCUUCCAGAGCGGACCUGUGCGCAUGGUGGACCACUACAACGUCAUCUGCCGGCAGUUGGGCAUCCGGCCUCUCCAGAACAGUGGUAGCCAGGAGAGAGUGCGGGGCAUGUUUUUCAGUGGAGCCAGCGGCCGCGACGCGGCCACUUCACUGUCUCUACUCCUGGACAUCCUGUUCGCGGCGUACGCUUACUUAUACCACUGAUGGUACACAGACCCACUGGUGGAAGUAAAAGUGAAUUAUGGGCCACUGGUAUACGGUCAUUUCCCGUGUCGCUUUGGAAUUCUGUCUUCUGAAUCUUUCCUUUUUUAUUUUAGCUGUCUUACUCCGUGAAUUUAACACACAACGCGUUUUACUUGAUGCUCGUCUCAUCGCAAUCGUUGUUUUAUUUUUGAGCUAUGUCUGUUUGCGCCCUAAACAGGCACCGGACAAAACGCCACAGUUCCUUGAGGCAAUCGAACAACUAUACUGUUCAGAAGUAUGCCGCCUUUGUCUUGAAAUUGGAGUUAUACCGUCAGAUAAUUCGCUUAAAAUUCAGCAAGGUUGUCACAGAGAAUUGACCAGAAAGGCGGGGGCGAACCAGAAACCAGAAAGACCAGAAAGAAAGGGGGCGAACUUUAAGUUGGCCGAAUUAUAAGGAAAAUUAAGUUAUUGGUACUUUCGACUUCUAGAAAUGGUACUGCUGCACUUUUACAGGUAUGAAGUGAAAAAUAGAACCAACUGUUCAAAGUGUUCUAAGCAAGCAAAUUAUUUCUUUGUUGUAUAUGUAGAAAGGACAUAUCUGCAGCAGGACAGUUUUUCUUUUCUCGUUCAAUUCAGAAUUUCGUACUUGUUUGCUUACAUAGUCACUUCAACGCAAAAUCUUUAACGGCUAUAAACGUCCGUACACAUUAAGACUCUAACCAGUGUGACACAAUUUAUAAUUGUUAUAUUUUUUAAGAAAAACAAUACAGCACUUUACCGACGCUGUCAAAUUUUUCUCCAUCGUCACCGUAUCAAAUCGCAUGGGUAACUCAGUUUCACCUCCUUACUCUGACAACGACAUCUCUAAAAACAUUUCACAGGUGGUUGUAAUAUGUGUCCUCCUACAAUACUUUUCGGUCGUACAAGCAAUCCUAUCAUCGGCUUUGAACAUUUUUCUUAAUGUUACGUUUUUCGCUGUCACGGUGGAGUUUAAAAAGUUGUAUAACCAUUACAGUUUUUGAUGAAUUUUCUGCAUGCCGCGCCACUUUUUCUUUCCCUGCUGCUGCCUAAACCGAGCCCCGGGACUUGUUGAAAUUAUAAGCGAUAAGUUUGUGAAUUUCUAAAUUGAAGAGGAUUUUCGCUCGGCUUUGUAGCUCCGGAUUUUAAUGUGAUCGGCCGUAAUUAAGAGGUGAAAAUAGAGUUGGGCAGAGCAUGCAGUGCGCGGAGCGGACAACCACUGGUCUAUGAGUUACAGGAUGGUUACCAAGGAUGGUAAACCAGAGGAUGGACCGCAGACAACUAGGUGAUGUGCUGACGUCAUGAAAUGUGCAGGCAUACAAUGUGGUCAGCUGACGCAGGGCAUGAGUGAUUGGAGAUCUUUUGGACAUGCUUUCGUCCUGCAUAGCACGUAACGUACGCUGCUGAUGAUGAUAUAUACGAGGGCGUAAGUUUUGAUCGUGUUCUUUAUGACAAAUAAAAUUUGUGCUGUGUUUUCAGUCAUGCUUGUUUUUCGAGAUGCGCAUGAGCCUGAAUUGUCGAUUAUGAGUGUGGAUUCCUAAAGCUUGACAACAUACAGUAGUUUUCGGCGCGGCUUUUUGAGCUCUCAAUUGGAGGAUCUUUGCACACUUUAUGGAUUGCGAAGUACAAGCUGGCACAUAACAUUGCAUUAAGUUUGGUUUCGCAUUUCCUCCGUCUAGUCAUGUCCAAGAACACCCUAGCGAGACGGCUGACACGUUCGACCACGUGAGCAGGGCAUUUAAUAAAAAAGAAGGAAUUACCGUUCAUCAUUGUUAAGCAGAUGACAUCUUUUGAAUCAGUCGGGUCAAUAAAAAUUGGAGGACGCUUAAGCUUCGCCUUUAAGAGUAGAACACGAAAGCGUUACCGAGACCUGUUCGCAUCGCAACGGGUGGCUGUAGGUCUGGUAGAAAUGCUGGAAAAGGGGUUUGUGUUUGAGUUUCCUCGUAGCAGAAUUAGGUUUUCUCGUACAUUUAAAUUACACCCGACGCCGAUUGGUAAACAGUACGACGGCGAAUCCGACGCCGAAUGGUAAAGUCGUACUUUACCAUUUUCACUGUCACUGUCGUAAAUUCAAUUUUUGUUCACCAAAACCUUGCACCACGUGGGGGUCCUGCGCGGUCGGGGUGGUUGGGGAUGAUUUUCUCCGCCACCCGCAGCGCACGCCGGUUGCUGACGCCGGAUUUUCUGCGACACGGGGCCCUUAACGCUGUCGCGUUAAUAUAAUUGUUUUCCUUCGAACCUUUUGGAACGAAUAAGUGUUCAUGAAUGUUGAAAACGCAACAUUUCUUUUUUUAUUCGUCGGCUCUGCAAUUGUUUUUCUUCGAACAUUUAUUUCGGUUCAUUUGUAGCUUUCAAAACUGGUCUUAGGGAUAUAGGUCACGUUCGUGUGACUAUCAAGAGCCUAUCUAGUUAAAAGCGAAUAAAGUUAGCCGUUUACCGUUGUAAUACCAUCGUACGCUUUGUUUGCAUGUACUGUAUAAGGCAACUAAGGUAACAUGGCAAAAUCUUCCACGAACGUUAGUCUAGGCAUCUCUGCUCAUUGCUUCCUAUUAAGAGGAUAAGAAACCUACUUAUUGCAAAGGGACGUGCAGUUAGCCCGUCAAAAUAGCAAACAAUACCCGAAUGAUAUUUAACCAUCUAAAGGUAACCCGCAA